GUCGCCAUCUUGAUACAGAUAUAAACAUUGGAAGACCCUUCAGCGAAAGAUUUUGGGUAGUGACAUUUCACGCCUUGGGAAUGAUCGUCAGUUUAACUGUAACAAGACGACUGGAUCGUUCUGUUUUAUACUUGGACAUUUUAAGUUAUGCACAUGACAGUUUUUGCUCUCAUACCUAACGUGACUGUGUGAACGACAGAGGAAUGGGAGGUCUAAAGGGAGGGAGAGACUGAGGGGGAGCGCGUGCUGCUUAAAGUUUCUAGAAAUGGAUCAGGAAUAUGAAAGACGCCUACUGAGGCAAAUCAAUCAUCAGAAUCUUCCCGAGGGUCAAUUGGCUAAGUCUGGUUAUGCAGCAUGCAGUCCUGUCAGUAUCAAGUCAGGAGACAGAUUCAUUCCUACUCGUGCUGGGAGUAACUGGAGCAUCAACUUCCAUUAUGCCAAUGAAAACUGCCGGUCUCCCAGUCAAAAUCACAGAUCUAAAGAUUCCUCAGCAGACACAGGCAAAGAUGCAGUGGCAUAUGCGGCACUGCUGAGGAACGAGCUGCUGGGCGCGGGCAUCGAGACAGUUCCUGAUCCACACACAGACGACCGUCGCCACGCCGUCCUCUCCCAGGACACACAUAGCCUCUUUAAGUAUUCAGUGCAAUCAAAGAGAGUGCCUUUUGACAGCGGCAAUGAAGUUUCUCCAUACUCUCUCUCCCCACUCAGCAAUAAGAGCCACAAGCUCUUGCGAUCUCCCCGUAAGCCGGCCCGCAAGAUCUCUAAGAUCCCCUUUAAGGUGCUGGACGCCCCCGAGUUGCAGGACGACUUCUACCUCAACCUAGUGGACUGGUCAGCGGGGAACCUGCUGAGCGUGGGCCUCGGGGCAUGUGUGUACCUGUGGAGCGCUUGCACCAGUCAGGUGACCAGGUUAUGUGACCUGUCUGUGGAUGGAGACUCUGUUACGUCUGUGUGUUGGAAUGAAAGGGGUAGCCUGGUUGCUGUGGGAACGCACAAGGGAUUUGUGCAGAUAUGGGAUGCAGCGGCCAGUCGGAAGCUGACCUGCCUCGAGGGUCAUUCUGCUCGUGUAGGCGCGUUGGCUUGGAAUGGGGAGCAGCUGUCGUCGGGCAGCCGGGACCGCGUGAUCCUCCAGAGGGACAUCCGCACCCCCCCUUCAGCCGAGCGCCGACUACAGGGCCACCGGCAGGAAGUCUGCGGCCUCAAGUGGUCGCCUGACCACCAGCACCUCGCCUCAGGGGGCAACGACAACAAGCUGCUGGUGUGGAACAGCUCCAGCCUGCUCCCUGUGCAGCAAUACAGUGACCACCUGGCGGCGGUCAAGGCCAUCGCGUGGUCCCCCCACCAGCACGGGCUGCUGGCGUCGGGCGGGGGCACCGCUGACCGUUGCCUCCGCUUCUGGAACACGCUGACGGGCCAGGCCCUUCAGAGCACUGACACUGGCUCCCAGGUUUGCAACCUGGCCUGGUCUAAACACGCCAAUGAACUGGUGAGCACGCACGGCUACUCUCAGAAUCAGAUUCUGGUGUGGAAGUACCCCUCACUCACACAAGUAGCCAAGCUCACAGGGCACUCCUAUCGGGUCCUUUACUUGGCCGUUUCUCCAGAUGGGGAGGCCAUUGUGACGGGAGCAGGAGACGAAACCCUGAGGUUUUGGAACGUCUUUAGUAAAACACGAUGCACCAAGGAGUCCAAAUCUGUAUUAAACCUCUUCACCAGGAUACGAUAGUGACGGUAGAGGAGACACGGUCAUCUGCAUGACUGGACAACAAGGAAGCACUUCACUGUACUUGUCUGGGGAAAAUGCCUGAUCUGCAAAGUCAACUCAGUUUCAUGAGCUGUGAUUUAGGAAGUGGGAGAAAAAUAAAAAUGAAAAACAAGCAAACAAAAUUCCUACUCCAUUCCUUGUCCUAAACUCGCUGAAAUGGUGAAGGCAUUGACCCCAGGCCUGAAAGAAAAGCUCAUACACUUGACCUGUGAACUCCAACCCCGAUGACCUUUUCUACUGUCAAGGACUGUCCACCAAUCCUGGCUCUCUCUGAAGCGAUGUCAUUCAUUUACUCACACCUGCCGAAUGGGGACUUUUUCAGUUGAAUAUCCGUCUUCUUUUUACUGUACGUUGUGAAUGUCAACAGAUAUGUUUUAUUACAUGAGUAGAAGUAUUAAUCAAAAUAUUAAACUAUAUAUAAACAGUGGGUUGUGUCUUGCGAUGAAUGCGAGGCACAAGACUUGUGACCUUCUCGUGAGAUUUUUCUAUAUUUUGAUAAGUGUACACAGUAUGACAUAAGCUAUCAUGCAAUCUUCUACAACAGAAUAAAUACACUACUUCCGUGAA